GUCCCCCACAAAAUAAAUUGUUUCUGGAUGUUAUUUCUCUUUUAUGCUUGCUCAAAAUAUUUAUUAAAUAGAGCGAUGUUUUAAGUGCUUAUCUGUUUUGACAAAACGGUAAUCCACUAAUUCCACGGCUCACAAGAUUCUACCGGAGAUGCCCAACGAUACCAACGCUUUCUAUCGUUAUCUACGCUUGUCGGUGGUAAAUUGUCAGAUGUCUGAUCUGAGUGAUCUGGAUCCCUUUGAUGGUGACUUUAACAAUGAUUUGAACGAUGACGCCAUUACCACCGACGCCACCACAACUACAGAGGUAAGCGCAACAUCAGCGACGUCUAUCAUGACCACUACCGAUGCGCCCGUAUCAGUUGUGACCUGCGCCGAUGAUACACCGUCUAACAUGCCGCAACCGUUCCAGCAGUCGUCCAACGGUUCUGUUAUGCCGGAAACGGUGACCCCAACCACCGGAGGCGGCGGUGGAGCGACGCCUUUCCAAUCAGAAGGAGUGGUGACCUCAUCGACCGGCAUGCCGGGUCAGAGCGGGACCACAGCAUCUCGAGGGACGCCACCGACACCGGCAACACCAGAGCCGACCGGGACGUCCGAGGAGACCUCCACCAACGCGUCCGAGUCCACGCAGGGGACCACAGAAGGUACCACGUCGAUGCCGGUGGAAACCACGGUAACGUCUACCACCAUGGUCACCGCCACGAGUGCCUCGUCCACGCCGGCAAACACCGCUGAGACCACUACGGUGACCUCUGCCACCGGUCAAACUGUCACCACUGCCACGCCACCUAUGCCCACCACAGCAAUGCCGCCGAUGCCCACUACAAUGCCUUCCGCAGCGCCUCAAUGCCGGGUUGAAUGUGAGAAAGUCGAGGUGACACCGAAGGAACCCGAGAACACUCAGAACAUGCAGCAGCCGGCGCCGGUUGUGACCGAGGAGACCAAUGAACCGGACACGUUUGUGAUCGAUCACACCGAUCCGGAUCUGUAUGACGGACCCUACCCGGCCUUCUUCCCACCGUUUCCUUUCGGACCAUUCCGGCGACCGUUUGGACCCUUUGGUUACGGGCCCUUUGGUUAUGGACCGUUCUUCGGUCCGCGGCCAUUCCGCUUUGGACCCUUCGGUUUCCGGCGUGGACCGUUCUUCGGUUUCGGCCCGCGAGGACGUUUCCGGGACGAAUCCGUCGAUACUAACUCGCAGAUGCCGGCAUCUGCGGAUAACCAGGGAAUGUAUAAAUGUAAGAUGGUUUGUAAAUGAGUCAACAGAAUCUGCAACAUGCUUUUUGGUUGUUUUUUUGUUAAUGCUGUGAUGAUGACACUGUACCAAUUAAUGCUUUAUUAGCCUGCUAAUAAAUAUGGAUCGUUUAACACGGUUGUUGCACUGCGGUAUGGAAACGCACAUUUGUUGCUCGCUCACUGCUAUGAAACAAAAAAAUACUUCUAU